AGCUUGGCCGGAUACUUUUCCGAGGGUAGUGUAGCAAUUUUAGAAAUGUCAAAAAAUUCAAACUCCAUAAUUUUUUCUGGUAAUGAGCCAAAAACUUAUUGGAUAAUUUUUAAAUUAAGGUUGGUGGGAAUAGAAGUUGAGGUUGAAGAAGACGAAGAAGCUGGAGUAGAAAUAACAGCUUCCUUUGGAGCUUUUUGA